GGCAUAUGGUCAGGAAUGAAUUAUUAUUAUUCCUGUGAAACUACAGUGUCCUUAGUAGUGGUAGAGAGAACUUCAGAUGAACCCUCAUGUCCAUGAGAAUGUGUCACAACACAUAAAUUAUGACUUCAGUAAACUACAACCUUGGUGCUGAGGGCAACCAGACUGGAAGGUUUUGAAGAGCUUCUGAAGAAUUGGCAUGUUGCUGACAAAUGACUCAAUGUUCAAGGACCUGAAGACAGAACAGUAGACACAAUUCUAAAGGAAUAGUGGAUGUGUUCUGAUUGUGGGUUCAGGUGGAGUUUUGUGGCGUGGGGAUAUUGACGUCUGAGGAUAUGGACAUUUAACACCACGAGAGCCCAGAAAGGGAGGAAAACUGGCAGUUGAGGAGCUUAUAACACAUGGCAGCAAGGUGUGAGAGGAGCCCACCAAACUCAUUAGAAUCCCAAGCUGCGGGAAAUCUGAGUGGUUUUCCAAAAGAACUUUUGGCAACAAAAGUCGAGGGGAAGUACCUGUGCUUUGAGUGUCACGGAAUUCUCAGGAAACCAUUCCAGGCACAAUGCGGUCACCGUUACUGCGCAUCCUGCUUGAAGAGGAUUGUCAGUACUGGCUCACAAAAAUGUGCAGCCUGCAUCCAAGAAGACAUUUAUGAAGAACCGUUGUCUGUUCUGGAUGCCAGCUCAGCUUUCCCCGACAAUGCAGCUCGCAGAGAAGUGGAAAACCUGCCUGCAGUUUGUAACAAUGAGAGCUGUACCUGGAAAGGCACUGUUAAGGAGUAUGAGGCUGACCACGAGGGAAGAUGUGAGUAUACAUUAACACCUUGUGAAGCGUGCAGCAGGAUGGUACGCCAACUCGACAUGUCCCGCCACUUGGAGCGAGAGUGCCCCGAAAGGAACCUCAACUGCAAAUUCUGUAAAUUACUGUUUCACCACAAGGACAUUAAGGCCCAUGAUGAAAUCUGUUCCAAGUUUCCGUUAACAUGCGAAUGGUGCGGAAAGAAAAAAAUUCCAAGAGAAAAGUACUUGGAUCAUACUCGGACAUGUGGGAAGGUGAAGUUCCCUUGCCGCUUUAAUGUGAUUGGCUGUGAAAUAACUGCUGAGAAGGAAAAGCUGGCUGAGCAUGAGAACCAGUGUGUGGUGGACCACAUGCAGAUGCUGCUCCAACAUGUGAUGGGAAUACGGAGUGCUGUGGAAAACCUACAGCCUCUGCACCUGCAGCAGGCCAAGCUCAAGGUCAGCCAGCUCUUCACCUCCGUUCGUGAAAUGGAGGAGACUCUGGGACCGUUCCGAUCGAUCGGCCUUGGUGAGAGAGGCUCCUCCUCCCCUGGUGGGGACCUGGCGAAAGCUUACUUGUCAGAAAGCUUAGAAGAUGUGCAAAAGCGAUGUGCAGCUCUGAAGCACAAAGCCGAAACAUUCGAAAACAUUGUCUGUGUUCUUAACCGUGAGGUGGAGCGAGCCUCCGUGAGCAUGGUUGCUUACGAACAACAACACAAACUGGACCAGGAGAAGAUUGAAGCCUUACAAGCAAAGGUGCGUCAGAUGGAACACGCUACAGCCUUGAAAGACCUGUCUAUAGCAGAGUUGGAACUGAAGCUGCAGGCACUGGAGUACAGUACUGACAAUGGAAUCUUUAUCUGGAAAAUAUCCGAUUUCAGUCGAAGACGACAGGAAGCUAAAACCCAACGAUCGCCUGCUAUAUUCUCCCCCGCUUUCUACACCAGUAAAUACGGCUACAAGAUGUGCCUGCGUGUCUAUCUGAAUGGUGAUGGGGUGGGCCGUGGAACCCACAUGUCUCUCUUCUUUGUUAUUAUGAAAGGAAACUACGAUAGUUUGCUGAGGUGGCCUUUCAAGCAAAAGGUGACUCUGUUGCUGUUGGACCAGACUAACCGUGAGCACAUCAUCGAUGCAUUCAGACCGGAUAUCAGUUCCUCCUCAUUCCAGAGACCGGUCACCGAGAUGAACAUUGCCAGUGGGUGCCCACUUUUCUGUCCACUUAGUAAACUGGACAGCAAGAACAAUUACUCACGUGAAGACUGCAUUUUUAUCAAAGCCAUCGUGGAUUUAACUGACCUGUAACAGAACUUUGAUCAGACACUGGAAUGGGCUGCUGUCCACUGUACAAUGCAGCAAUAGUUUACCAUCCCAGUGGCACUGUGCUGCUGGUCACAGUGUAACUGUGCUGAGUACCAUUUCCAGGUGACCUCCAUAGCUUAGACUUAACCCACAUUCUUUGUUGCUGGGUCAUUAUUCUGGAGCAGAUCAAGCCACUGCCAUUAAACUAAGUAAUGGCUGGUCUGUACUUCUAUCAUUAGCAGAUGGGAAUUAUCUUCUUCAUUGUACCCUUUGUUAAUUGCAUAGUAGGCUGGCAUAGUGGUUCGCAUUGCUUCCUCUCAGUGCCAGGGACCCAGGUUCGAUUCCACCCUCAGGCGACUGUGUGGAGUUUGCACAUUCUCCCUGUGCUCUGAUUUCCUCCCACAGUCUAAAGAUAUGUAGGUUAGGUGGAUUGGCCAUGCUAAAUUGCUCACAGUGUCCAAGGAUGUGUAGAUUAUGUGGAUUAGACAUAUGAAAUGUAGGAUUAUAAG